ACAGAAGAAGGGAAACAUUGUACAUCUUCCGGACCGGAGGAUUUGGUUGUGGAGAUACUCACUAGGGUUCCGGUGGUAUCUCUGAAACAAUUGCGAUCAACACCCAAAGGGUGGAACGCUCUUAUCAAAGAUGGACUCUGCUUAGACACAACGGCAGUCUCCUCUGUGAGUCUCGAUCUCCAUGGAAUUGUGACAAGGUGUCUUGGAGAAGGCAAAAAGUAUGAUGACUUCAUGAAAAAUUAA